CGAACAGCCAUUCAUGCUGGAGCUUUUCAGUCAGGUUACUAUGCCAUUGAAUGACUUGUCCAGUGUCUCACGCCGAUGCUUUGGAAAUUCAACCUCGGGCUGUGCUCACAGCGAGUUAAAUUGGAGUACUCGAAAUAUGCUGAAGUUUGAAAGUAAUGCCCAAGGCUGCUAGGUCGGCUGAAAAGCCUUCAUUGUGUGAAGGAGCGCGAGUCCUUUGUGCGUGCAUCCCCCAGCUUCUUCCUUGCUGCUUUGUCUUUAAUUUGCCGCGCGAGACAGACGGCAGCAGCCAGCUGCGGGGGUCUCAGCAAGAGGCCGGGGUGGUGAGGAUGAGUGUGCACCGGGCUGGAGGCCUUGAGGGUAGCAGGGAGAGACGACGCUCUGGUGACCGCUCCAGGGAUUCAUCUCAUGAAAGAGCCGAGGGCCAUCUCACACCAUGCAUCAGGAACAUUACCUCGCCUACACGACAACAGCUCAGCGAUCGUGAGAGGGAGGUGGGCUCUUGGUUGAGGUCAGUGAGCCCCAGAGCUCAGAAGGGCUGCUCUCCUGGCUCCUUCUGUAAAGCUCAUGGCUCAGACAUGAUCUACGUCUAUGAAAGUGUGAAGGAGGGCUCCCGCAAUGUCAGGCCUGCGGAGAGGGUCACCCUCAUUGUGGACAACACACGCUUUGUGGUCGACCCUGCCAUCUUCACUGCUCAGCCCAACACCAUGCUUGGCAGAAUGUUUGGAGCUGGGCGGGAGUACAAUUUCACGCGGCCCAAUGACAAGGGAGAGUACGAAGUCGCAGAAGGCAUCAGCUCCACAGUGUUCCGAGCCAUUCUUGAUUACUACAAAUCUGGGAUAAUCCGCUGCCCGGAUGGGAUCUCCAUUCCCGAGCUGAGGGAGGCGUGUGAUUACCUCUGCAUCUCCUUCGACUGCAGCACCAUCAAGUGCAGGGACCUGAGCGCACUCAUGCACGAGUUGUCGAAUGACGGUGCGCGGCGGCAGUUUGAAUCCUACCUGGAGGAGAUGGUGCUGCCAUUGAUGGUGGCCAGCGCACAGAGUGGUGAGAGGGAGUGCCAUGUGGUGGUGCUGACUGAUGAUGACGUGGUGGACUGGGACGAAGAGUACCCACCUCAGAUGGGCGAGGAGUACUCUCAGAUUAUCUACAGCACAAAACUAUAUCGGUUCUUCAAAUAUAUCGAGAAUCGGGAUGUAGCCAAGGCGGUCUUAAAGGAACGAGGCCUGAAGAAAAUCAGAUUAGGCAUUGAAGGUUACCCCACCUACAAAGAGAAAGUGAAGAAGCGUCCCGGCGGCCGACCUGAGGUCAUCUACAACUACGUUCAGAGGCCCUUUAUCCGCAUGUCCUGGGAGAAGGAGGAGGGCAAGAGUCGCCACGUCGACUUCCAGUGCGUGAAGAGCAAGUCCAUCACCAACCUGGCGGCCGCCGCUGCUGACAUCCCCCAGGACCAGCUGGUGGUCAUGCACCCUGGGCCUCAGGUGGACGAACUGGACAUCCUCCCCAACCACAACCCUCAGCCAAGCCACCACUACGAGCCUGAUCCAGAUGCACCAUCCCCGGCCGUCUGACCUCCAGACUCUCCCCUUAGUCCUUCCCCGUGAUCUCUUCCCCCAAUCACACACACCAGUCACUGCAGCGAGGAGCCAACCCAGACUGGCAGACACAACCACGUUGCCUUUCUGACCCUUCCUUCUGCCUUAUGAGUUUCAGAGAGCUGUCUGCCAGAGCGGCAGAGGAACAUAGAGCAUGUAGUGAUCUUGGUUCAAGGCGGUUUAGCAUAUAGAGCAGAGGCACUUGUUUUCAAGCUGUUUAAAGGUUUUUCCACAGCAGGGGGAAUACCUGAAAUGUAGCCACUUUUGCUCCUUUGAUGCGUUUAAAGAGGAAUGUCAUGUCAUAGAGAAUUGCUGUUAUUAUUUGCGCACAAUCACAGUUGUGGCUGGCUGAGUUCUUUAUCACAGAUCAAGAUGUCGCAGCUGGACUUGUAGACUCCCCAGAAACAAUGCAAACUUAGGGGACGUGAACACAAGACUCAGAAAAAGUACCAAUUUAUCAUUCAUCAUCAAAUUCUUAGUGCAGCCUAGUCCAUAUAUGAAGUAGACAACUGAAACAACGAUAAUACAGACAUUUCAGAUUCUCUACAAAGUGGUUUGUCCAUUUAAUCCAGUGGCACCUAAUCUAAUGUAAAGGUCUUGGCUGCACCCAGAAUGAUGUAAGCAGUAACUAACUUGUGUCUUGACAACAGUUUCGGCCCGAUCAGUUGAAUGCUGUGUUGGGAACAAAAGCUGCAUCAACACCAGCCCUGAGAAAUAAUAAAGACCACUAGCCUGGUUGUUUGAUUGGAGAGAGAUCAGUAUAUGUGCCAUGCUUCUGUUCAGACUGUAAAAUGGGUGAGUGGCCCACUACCGUGGAGUCCCUGUGGAACCACUGGUGCCUGGCCUGGCAGUAGUGGACGCAUAUGCGAGUGAUGUCAUGUUUUGUUGUUCCAUCCUUAUGGAUUCCUUUUUAUUUGCAUCGGUGGGUGGGCUGCCACUGUUCCAUGGAUGAGGGUUUUUUAAAGGGCAGCUCGUUUUUUUUAUUGCUUAAAAAAUGUUAUUUUAAUAAAAGUAUUUGUUAGACUGC